AUGAGAGCCAUUAGAUCCCAAUCCACGCCAGCAUAUCAUCAGACAAUGCCAUCGUAUGAGCUAUUCUUCAUCACAAAGCGUUUAAGUAAAAAAGAGUUGGUGUCGUGUCUGAAGAGGACGGGAGAACUGAUACUCAACUCUUCGGGUAUACUCCGGAAGAUGGAGAAUAUGGGCACUCGUCAGUUGCCAUUCAAACUCCGGACACCUGUUCCCGGAUCCAAGAGAUACGCGUCCGGAAAUUUCUUCCUCUUCCACUGCGAUGUCCCGCCACUCACUAUAUAUAAGAUACACGAAAGCCUACGAAUGGACACCGAUAUCAUGAAAGUGCGGUAC